AUGGCCAAGAAAUGCUUUGGCACUGUCGCACCCCUCCUCCUGCUCACCCUCGCUGUAGCGGCACACGCCGUGGUGGCGGCCAGGACCGCGCCUGCUGGUGGUGCAGCUGAGGCCUCGCUUCCGGCCGCUGCCGCCGCGGAGAGCGGCGCCGGUGCAGGAGUUGCGGGAACGGCGGACGCGAAGAACCUGUUCGUGGGAGUGGGAGGCAUGGGGGACCUGCCGGGCUUUCCGGCCGUGGGCGGCGGCUACGGCGGGGGCUUCGGCAACAACGGCGCCGGCGUCUUCACCGGCGUCACGGGCCCGCUGGGAGGCGUCGGGGGCGGCGUGGGGAGCGUCGGGCCAAUCGGCGGCGUCGGUGGCACCGGAGGGGUCCCGUUUGGACGGUUCGCCGGCGGCGGCGCCCCAUUCGGCGGGGUCGGAGGCGGGUACGGCGGCGGAUGCGCCGGCGGGGUCACGCCUAGAGCACAUGCACAUGGUAGCAUAUUCCUGCAGGGUCGGGGCAUGGACGUCCGCGUUGUACGUAGGUGCGGUGCAUGGGCAUGGCGCAUCGCGCUUGCGUACUCAAGCACAGACGUCUCCCUUGGCUUCACGCAGUACAGAAGAUGUUAA